GUUUCCUAUAAAAGGAAGAUGAGCCUCUAACCCAAAAUGUGCGCACAGAUAAUAUAAUUAUCAUCGGUAAAAAAAACAUCGAGUCUGUUUUCCAAUGUCAGGAGAUCGAUCUGAGAAGCUGAGGUUGUUCGGGGUUGAGCUGAACCUGAGCAAAAACGAGCUUGUGGAAGGGGACCACGAGAGCGUGAACUCAUCUCACUCAGUGUUUUCGUCCCUACAGGCCGAGGAUUAUGAUAAAGCUCCCAAGAGCAGUAGCACUACUAGGAGUUCGUGCUCGAGCUCGAGCUCCGAGCAGCCCAACCACCAGAAGAAGUUCGAGUGCCAGUACUGCUUCAAGGAGUUUGCGAACUCUCAGGCGCUCGGGGGUCAUCAGAACGCGCACAAGAAGGAGAGAAUGAAGAAGAAGAGGCUUCAGCUUCAGGAUCGGAAGGCCAGCCUCAGCUACUAUUACCACCUUCAACCCUACGGAAAUACUGAUGAGUUCACGAUCUACGACGGGUCUACCCAGAUCAGCUUUGAACCGUGCGAUCCAGACUAUCAUGCCUUUAGUUACGCGCCGACCAUGUGGUGUUCUUUGCCCCCUAACAACAUCUCUUUCCAACAGUCCGACAGCUCAUAUAUGUCUGCUCUGGAUCUAAGUGAACGAUUCGGAGCAAAUGAGCCUAUUAUCGGCCCGACAAAGCAGAACUGUAAAUCUUUGGAUCUUCAGUUAGGUCUUUGCUUGCAAACAAACUUCUGAAAUUGUAGCUGUAGGGUUUGCUCCUUAAGGAACAUAUUCAUUUUGAGUAUGAGCAAAGCAAAAGAGAUGCAUUAUGUUUCUCUUGAUCUGACUUGAGAUCUGUCUAUAAAAUGAUAAAUUUCAUAGGAUCCUUUUAUCAAUCGAAACCUUCGAUGGUGAGUUUGAUCAGUUGCAUAUAUUGUUCGGGUUUAGAAAUAUCGAUCGCUUACAAAUAGUAUCUUUCUGGGUUACCUUGGUUGCUAAAUCAUCAAAUUCUUGUUU